AUGGAUCCAAACAUCCAGGGGUCUUUCCUGUUCAACAACAGCCUGAACCAGUUCCCCUCGGAGCUCAAGGCCCCGGUGUGCCAGUACUCAGUGGCCAACUCUUUCUACAAGCUCAACCCGGGCCUGAACAGCCAGCUGCAGGCAGCGGGGACGCCGCACGGCAUCAGCGACAUCCUGACCCGCUCCAUGAUGGGCAUGGGCUCGCCGGGCACCACCACGCUGCUGUCCGGAUACUCCACCGUGGGAGGGUUCAGCCCCUCCGUCACGGGCGCGUCCGUGUACUAUAAUAACCGGGACUACAGCUCGUCUCUGGGCGGGUUCUCCAAGCCCGGCGGCGAGUGCCCGAUGAUGAAGGGGCGCAGCGUGAGCUGCUGGGCGGAGAGCGGCUGCGACUGGAGAGCCGGGAGGCAGCAGAGCAGCAACAGUAGCGGUCCUCUGACGGACAUGUCAGGCAGGAAGAAACACACCCGACCGACGUUCAGCGGACAUCAGAUAUUCGCCCUGGAGAAAACCUUCGAGCAGACCAAGUACCUGGCCGGGCCGGAGCGAGCCAGGCUGGCUUAUUCUCUGGGCAUGACCGAAUCUCAAGUCAAGGUGUGGUUUCAGAACCGACGCACCAAGUGGAGGAAGAAGAGCGCCUCCGAGCCGAGCUCCACGCAGGCCGGCCUCGCGGGGCCGGGCGGCGACGCCUCGGACCACGAGGUGGAGGACGAGGAGUACAACAAGCCUCUGGACCCCGACUCGGACGACGAUAAGAUCCGGCUGCUGCUACGCAAACACCGCAGGGCUUUCUCCGUGCUGCGCCUCGGGCCACACAACGUCUGACAGAAAUUGCUGCAAAUCAC